AUGCCAGUCAUGGACCGCUUUUGCUUCGGCUUUGCCUUUGAGCCUCACAUCUGGAGGUCCCACAAGUAUCAUCUGGGGUCUCUUGACGUCGGGUUUCUGUACACUUUGUAUCGCGGCCUCCCUAGCAGAAUUUGUAUCCGCAUAUCCUACCCGGUACGUGAUACUAGUGAUCUCUGCUCGAUGAAUGUCUUGCUGACCGAAGCGCCAGUUUCCUGGGAUGACUAUAAGCGGGUGCUCUCAUGGUUUACAGCAUGGGCGAAUAUCGCCGCGUGGAUCUGUUUAUGCGCGACGGCGUCACUUUUUGGGAGCCAACUGGUCUUUGGCACUGUAGUCCUAGGUCAUCCGGACUUUAACUUGCAAAGAUGGCAUGUGUUUCUGAUCUAUGUAGGCUUUAACAUGAUAGCAUUUUUGGUCAACGCAUGCUGGAACAGCAUUUUAUCCGCGCUGAACAGAGCAGCCUUGAUCUGGUCCCUCUGUGGCUUCUCCGUCAUUUUCAUUACUGUCUUGACAUGCGCGUCACCAAAUUACAAACCUGCGAGUAUAGUAAUUAUUGGCAAACAGGGCCCGAUGGCUUGGCUUGGCUUUUGGGCUUGGGACCAGGAUGCCGUUGCACACAUGAUCGAGGAAAUCCCCAAGCCGACCGUGGAUGGACCGUUAAUCAUGGUCGCGUGUGUAGCAAUUGGGCUCGCCACCAGCCUAAUAUUAAUUAUCGCUCUUCUAUUUGUUUCUCGUGAUAUUGACACUAUUAUCACCUCUAGUGCAGGGCCUCUACUACAGAUCUUUUUUGAUGCAACCAACAGUAAAGUGGGGUCCAUUUGCUUGCUACUAUUCCCUAUUGGGUGCCUUUUGCUAGGUGUGGUAGCCAUAACAACAACGUCUAGUCGGAUGAUCUACGCUCUCGCUAGAGACUCUGGGCUACCAUUCUCCCCCAUUUGGACUACUGUUCAUGCCAGGCUCAAAACGCCUGUGCAUGCCCUGGCUCUCCAUACAGCUGCAGUAAUCUGCUGCGGGUGUAUCUUCCUCGGCUCUUCAAGCGCAUUCAAUGCACUGAGCUCUGCGACGGUCAUAUGCUUUGACAUAUCCUAUUGCCUUCCGAUUUUGAUCCAUUGUAUACGGGGCCGCAAAUUGCUUCCUGCGCGCCCAUGGAGCCUUUACCCUUCCAUUGGAUGGAUUGUGAACCUUGUAUAUCCUACCUUUCUAUUCAUCUCUCCCUCUGGCCCCUUACCCAUGACUAAUCCUGAGAUAGGUGGCAAUAGCGUAUAUUUCAUUUACCACCGUGCUGUUCAUGUUCCCACCUACCCAUUCUGUAACGGUAAGAAUUUCCAUUUCCGAGGGAAUCUCAAAAACUUGACUGACGGAUGGUUCUCUUAUCUGGUAGACUACGCCAUUGCGACUACCGGCGCAUUCGCGUUGUUAUCUGCAAUCUACUGGUUCGUCAGGGGCCAGAAGCGCUUUAUGCAGGUCGUGGUGAAUGCGGAAAUUGAAUUCCCCGAAGCUAGGACGUCGAUUGAUCCGAUCAAGUCGGACGUAUAA